AUGCCUGAGCCUUGCAGGAGAGACGCAGCCCUUUGGCAGCUCAUAGAAAAAGGAUCGAAGCCACAGGCCCAGCAUGUUCAGGAACAUAGGGAUAGUGGCAGGGACCUGCUGACAGGGUUUCUCUUGAAGGUUGGGCAUGAGCCUCUACCUCCAACUGUUGGAAGAAAUGUGCUGGGAAGAAAAGUACUGUACCUGCCUGGCUUCUUCACAUACGCCAGGCACAUUGUGGAAGUCGAUGGGAAAAAAGGCCUCUUCCGUGGUCUUACUCCUCGGCUCAUCUCAAGCACUUUAUCCACCAUCACCAGGGGGAGCGUGAAGAAGGCCUUUCCACUGGAGGACAUGGAGCACGUUUCUAACAAGGAUGAUGUGAAGACUUCCCUCAGGAAAGUGGUGAAAGAGACAUCUCAUGAGAUGAUGAUGCAGUGCGCGUCCCGGGUUGUCUCACAUCCCCUGCACGUGAUCUCUAUGCGCUGCAUGGUCCAGUUCGUAGGCCGGGAAGUCAAAUACAGCGGUGUGUUCAGCGCCAUUGGCAGGAUAUUUAAGGAAGAAGGGAUCCUGGGAUUCUUCGUCGGUUUAGUCCCUCACAUCCUGGGGGAUGUCAUCUUCCUCUGGUGCUGCAACCUCUUGGCUCACUUCAUCAACACAUACGCAGUGGAUGAUAACUUCAGCCAGGCAUCGGUGAUCCGGAGCUACACGAAGUUCGUGAUGGGGAUUGCUGUGAGCAUGCUGACGUACCCGUUCCUUCUUGUGGGAGAUCUCAUGGCAGUGAACAACUGUGGGUUGUGUGCUGGCCUCCCUCCCUACGCUCCUGCUUUUACAUCCUGGAUCCACUGCUGGAGGUACCUCAGGGCUCAGGGCCAGUUGUUUCGCGGCUCCAGCCUGCUCUUCCGCAGAGCGCCUGCGCAAGCGGCCUGCUUCCCCAUCGAUUAACUCCCUCGGCUCACAGGAAGAGGUGAUGAACUUGGACUCCUCAAGAAACCCUAAGCUUGUUUUGAUACAUACGUAUUUUUCCUUUUCAAUCCGAAGUCCAUGGUACCAGAACAAGCCACCUCCUCUCCAGCAAGGCCAGUGACAAACUGGCCUGCGGAGAGCUGGCUUCAGACUCCAGCCAAGCCAAAGCCCCUCCUUCACGGCUAGUUCGACUGUGAUGUGUAGCAGAGAAAGUAGAAGGGAGUUGGCCCUUUGGUCCAGGCUGUUGGUCUGGAGUCACUGGAACAGCCUGUUUUAAAGUGGAAAAGGCCCAGGUACUAAACAAACCAGCCCCAAGGCAUUUGCUGGGAGCCAGUGUGGGGACAAAAGACUGCUUCAUUCCGCCUGAGCUGAGAAGAGGCGAAAGAUCCAAGGUUGCCUUGCUGGGAAAGCCACGCUAACAAAUCUCCCAUCUUGUCUCUUCUGGGCAAGCAUUUGUGUGACCAGUAGCUCAUCCUGGGCAAGGUCAACCCUGGGACCCAUAGCUAAAGGUUUUGUGAGUACCUGAGCACUAGGGAAUGCUCCAUCUCCUGUGGUCAUGAAAAGGAAAUAAUAUUGAAACACAUAAGGGAAACAGCAUCCCAAAGAUGCAGAUACAACUUGUCUCCAGGACAGGGUUGGGACUUGAACUAAAAAUGAAGGCAGCACUUGGGGUGGGAUGUGCACUGUGCACGUUAACUGCUCCAGGAAAGCCUUUUGCAGCAGUCUGGUUCAGUGGGAUCAACUGUAUUUAGGAUAUAACCAAUGGUUAUAACCAAUGGCUCAGUCCUGUUGGGUAUAACCCAGACAAGCAGGGUGUACACAUCCCUAGGGUGAGACAGGUCCAGGUGUCGCUGCUUCACCUAAUGGACAAGGAGCUGUACAAUACUGUGCUGGGCUGCUGCAUGGGAUUUUCCUGCUAACAGGCUUGCCUUCCAAUAUGGACAUUAGGUCUGUUACUGUCUGGAGUAAAGGAAUAGACCUUUAGAUGGCAAAAGACUUGAGACAUCAUGAUCAUGGGCUCUUCACACAUGCAGGGACUUGAAGAUGCUCAGAUGUGGCUGGGCAUUUGUGUAGCAGAGCCCACCUGCAACAGCAGGGCAGGAUUUAGCCUCAGCUCCCCAGACAGCAGUUUUUUUUCCACCAGCCUGUGCUGUUACUACAGCCAGGCAAGCUUCCCCCAUUUCAGUUUCCCUCCUACUCCACAAAGGAGUUUUUUUGCAACUGGUUCAGCAUACUGCUGGACUUCCCUGUUGCAGGACCCAGGAAGAACUUCUGGGGGCCAGGAGCAGGUUUCCAUGUGCUGCUGCAAUGCUGCUAACACACACCGAUGUCCUGACCAGCAGCCCCAGGGCGUUUCCAGGUGUUUCUCCUGCACCCUAGGUGACUUCAGUUCUUGAUACCUGCAGGGUUUUGAGAGGUAGCUGGGGUCACAUCCCAUGCCUGUCCUUCGGGGACCCAGCCUGCUGUUGCACAGAGGCUUUACUCCAAGAGAUGGAGUUGAUCUGCACCUCCAAGCCAGGGCCUGAGGGACACAGUGACAGGAUUUGUGUUUGCUGGGACCAGCAGUCCCGAGCCCAGCUCCCUUUGGUGUUGUGCGGUCAGUCCACUCCUUCCUUCCCCCUCAGCCUUCCUCCAGUACAGCUUAUAUUAAAAUCACAAAACUAAAAUAAUGCAUGGUCCUAUUCUGUAACAUGGGAGAUUCUUUCAAAGAGGUUUUAACUGCUCCAAAAUACAGCUAUUAAAAACCA